AUGCCUGCUUCCCAUGAAGCUAACAGUAGCAAGUUCCCCAACAGCGGGUUUGACUAUGCCAAUGACGUGUUUUCAGACCCCAGCGAUGAUAAUACCGACGGGACCAGGGAGACUGACAACAAGGAGAGUGAGGAUAGUGAUGACAGUGAUAUGGAGAUAGCAGAAGAUGAUAAUCUUAUGACAAUCUUCCUCCUCCCAAACAUUAUGGGGUCAAGGAGACUACUCUCGAUGUCAAAUGACUCCAGCAGACAUGAGAUCCACGAUCAGGUAGCCAACCGAACGAAAUGGGGAGGAUGUUAUCAAGAUCGUCCCGUGAACGACUAG